AUGCGUGGAGACGUCAGUGGAGAGAAGGUUGUGGUAAUGAUGAAACAGCUAGUGACGAUGUGGCGUGUACGUGACAGAAGCAAAGAAGAAGGUGCAUCUCUCCAUGUCAAAUACAGAGGAUGUGGGAGAUGUGAGUCCUGGAAUGUGAACAAGAAAAAGAGGAAGAAAGUUAGGGGUUUGUGCUUUCACGGUGGUGUAUAUGACUCUGAUGAGAUGCAAAACUUCACAACUAUGAUAGUAGACAUGGUCAAGAAAGAAAAUUUAUUUGCAUCACAAGGUGGCCCAAUUAUUCUUGCUCAGAUAGAAAAUGAGUAUGGAAAUGUAAUGGGACCCUAUGGAGAAUCGGGUAAAGCAUACAUUAAGUGGUGUGCAAACAUGGCUCAGUCUCUUGAUGUUGGUGUUCCAUGGAUAAUGUGUCAACAAAAUGAUGCUCCUCAGCCUAUGUUGAAUACAUGUAAUGGAUUUUAUUGUGACAAUUUUGUACCAAACAAUCCCAACACUCCUAAGAUGUGGACUGAGAAUUGGACCGGAUGGUUUAAGCAAUGGGGUGGCAAAAAUCCCCAUAGAACAACCGAAGAUGUUGCAUUUUCUGUUGCAAGAUUCUUCCAAAGAGGAGGAACUUUUAAUAAUUAUUAUAUGUACCAUGGAGGCACCAACUUUGACAGAACUGCAGGUGGUCCAUACAUCACAACUUCAUAUGAUUAUGAUGCUCCCCUUGACGAAUAUGGUAACUUGAAUCAACCAAAAUACGGGCAUUUGAAACAACUUCAUGAUGUUCUUCACUCUAUGGAGAGAACUCUCACAUACGGAAACAUCUCCACCAUUGACUUUGGAAACUCUGCAUCGGCAACAAUAUAUAAAACUGAAGAAGGAUCAAGCUGCUUUUUUGGAAAUGGAAAUGAAAAAUCAGAUGCAACAAUUAGUUUCCAAGGAGAAUCUUACGUUGUCCCGGCUUGGUCUGUUACCAUUUUACCGGAUUGCAAAAAUGAGGCUUAUAACACCGCAAAGAUUACCACUCAAACUUCAAUGAUGGUUAAGAAGCCAAAUGAAGCUGAGAAUACCCCUUCAACUCUUAAAUGGUCAUGGAGACCAGAGAACAUGGACAACUUCCUUUUGAAAGGAAAAGGAGAAUCUACACAGACACAACUAUUUGAUCAGAAAGUAGUAACCAAUGACCAAAGUGAUUAUCUAUGGUACAUGACUACCGUUAAGUUUAAAAAACGAGAUCCAUUUUUGGGUAAAAACAUGUCUCUUCGCGUCAACAGUACUGCUCAUGUCCUUCACGCUUUUGUCAAUGGAAAACAUAUUGGUAGUCAACACGCUGAGAAUGAUAAAUUUAACUAUGUAUUUGAGAAAGAUGUGAAGUUUAAGUCUGGCCGUAAUGUCAUUGCUCUUCUUAGCAUAACUGUGGGACUUGCGAACUAUGGUGCUUUCUUUGAAAGUAAGCCGGCUGGAAUCACUGGACCCAUUUUUAUUACUGGAAGAAAUGGUGAUGAAACUAUAGUUAAAGACUUGUCUGCUCAUAAAUGGAGCUAUAAAACCGGUUUAAUUGGGUUUGAGAGCCAACUCUUUAGAACAGAAUCAAUGUCUAAAUGGUCAGUUGAAAGUGUACCGUUUAACCGAACCAUGAUAUGGUAUAAGGUAAAGAGAUGUUAUUAUCUAUAA